AUGUCUGAUCUAUCUUUUUCCUGCGCUCUCGUAACCGGUGGUGGCGGAGGGCUGGGCAAGGCGAUAGCUGCGUACCUUGUCAGGCAGAACAGAAAAGUGAUUCUUGCUGGUCGAACGGAGAGCAAUCUACGCGAGACAGCCAAAGAAAUCGGCGCUACAGACUACUUCGUUCUCGAUACGGGAAAAAUCGACCAAAUCUCACCCUUCACUGCCACUAUCACUGCCAAAUACCCCGAGCUUGAUUGCUUAAUCAACAACGCAGGCGUCCAACGUCCUCUCCAUGUUCUGCAAGAUGAACCCUCCGACUUCCUGCUAAAAGCAGACCAGGAGAUUGACAUCAAUAUUCGCGGGCCCAUGCACCUCACGCUCGGGUUGUUAGAACAUUUCAAAGGCAGACCACAUGCUACCAUCAUCAAUGUUUCGUCAAUUCUCGCAUUCAUUCCAUUUUCCGUUAUAAAUCCGGUGUACAAUGGAACAAAAGCCUGGCUUCAUUUUUGGUCAAUGACUUUACGCUCGCAGCUUGCUCGUGGGGGCUUCGAGAAGAUCAAGGUUAUUGAAGUUGCACCCCCUUCAGUGGCGACCGAUCUUCAUCGGGAAAGAGAUGAUCCAGAUGACAAUAAGAAGCACAAAAAUCCAGACGUACUGUCUGUGGACGAAUUCAUGGACUUUGUAUCUGCUGGAUUGGAAAGGGGGGACGACAUGAUUGCUCCUGGAAUGAGCCAAGAGAUUGUGGACAAGUGGUAUGCGGAAUUUGGAGCUUUGUACAAUACUUUGUCUGGAGGUGGACCCUGA